CUCUUCACUGUAGUUUCGUUUCUCGGCACUUGGGACUGCCGGGCGGAGGUUACAUCUCUGGCGUCCUGAUCUUGGGUGGCAUUCGUAAUCUUUGUGACGAACCUUUUUUCAGACUGACCAAAAUAACGAACUGGGUGACAGAAGCAGAAGCAACCAGUAGGACGAUAAAAAAUGUGACCAAGAGAAGGAAAAACUUAAAAAGGUAAGGAGGAGUAUUAAUUUUGGGAACAACUGAUGUGGAUUACUGUUUGAUAUAUAGCAUCAUAUACAAUUUACACUACUUGGAAAAUGGAGGACUACAAGGAAAUACCAAUUGAUGAAUGGUCUGAAGUGCAUGUUGCUGCCUGGCUUAAAGAAAUAGGAGUGAAACAGCAAUAUAUUACCAAGUUUCAGGAGAAGGAAGUUACAGGUCCGGUUCUAAAACGUGUACAAGAAGCCUUUCUGAAAGACAAGAUUGGGAUGCAAGAUGGACAAAUUGAUCUUGUUUUAAGUGAAAGAAAGGAAUUGCUUGAUUCUAGUAAAAAGCAAAAGUCCAGUAAACAGACUGCUAUAAAGAAGGUGGGCAAAAACAGUACACCUACGCAAGAAAGCGAACAAGUGUGCAGAUCACUUGAGCACAACACUGUAGAGGUGAAUGCCAGACGUGAUCAAGAACCUCAUAAAGUACAAAAUGAAAAUCUAAAUGAAAGUUCAUCAUUGCCACAGAGUGAAAUGCGUCCUUUUGAUAUGGAGGAUAUCAAUUUUAAAUAUGUGAAACACACCGUUCUUCUCCCAGAAUCAGGAAGUAAAAAUUUAAUAAUUCCUUGCCAUGAAUAUAAAGCAUUUACUACAGCUGCAGUAUUGGAUAGAAUGCGUCUGCAAUCCAAAUUUGCAUAUGAAGUGAUCAGAUUUGGUUCUGGCUGCAUGAAUGUUCGUACAAAUGGCACAAUACACUUUGGAGUUGUGGAUAAUGUAGAAAAUUCUGAAAAUUGCCAUGGAGAAAUAGUUGGAAUCCCUGUUGAAAGUAAAGACAUAUAUGUUGAUGCUUUGGAUUACAUAGAAAGAUGUUUCAAAAAUGAUCAGCGAGAGGAUGCGCGGCACUGCAUAAGGCCUCCAAAAUUUAUUGAGGUAAUAGGAAAGGGCUGCCAAGAGACAAGGUGGAUUGUUGAAGUAGACAUUGUUUCACCUAUAAGUAUUGUCAAAGGCAAACGCUACACAGUUUCUUUGCCAAAGUAUAAUGAAAAAAACAAUAAGAUUGAGCUUGGAAAGAAAUCUGUCUUCCGCAGAAUUGGUGCCAAAACAGAACCCAUUACCAGUGAAGAGGAAUUAGAUGACUUUAUUAUCAGCAUGGCAGACCGAGACAGAAGGAGAGAAGAAGCUGAAGCUUCAGAUGCCUGCUACCCUGCAGAAGAAACUGAAGAUCUGGGAAGAAAAUUGCACAUCCUAUUGACGUGCGGCAGAAAACUUCUUGAUGAUUCCCUUUGGUACAUUCUUGUUACAAACAAGUGGAACAGUGAAAGUUUGGAAUACAUGAACUUUUUGCUACACAUGAAAAUCUUCUGUGUGUUUGAUUUUGAUCCUGAUUCAAAAACAUCAGGUUUCUGUAACCGUUACCAGGAACACCAUGCUGUAAAUGCACAUUUCUUGCAAAACUACAUGAAUGAUAGUGGGCUAAGUACAAGUGAUUUUAUUAAACACUUGCAGCUUGUUGACAAAACAAGCUGGAUAUUCUGCAAUGGACGAAAUGAUUACCAUGGGGAUGAAAAAUCAUGUGACGAGAAGCUAUGGAUGAGAACGAAAAAGAAAUAUCUCAAAAAAGCUAUUUCCGUUAUCUGUAAUGAAAUUCUUCCCAAAAGUUCCUUUGUUGUUAUUUUUUUGUUAAUGUCCCAGAUUGAACAGCCAAUUGUAGAGGCCUUUCAUGAGUUUCAUUCUGAAUUGACUGGCAGUGAAUAUCUUGUGUGUGUUUCUGAAUCAAAAAAGAUCUUUACCAAAUGGGCCAACCUUGCCCAAACAUCAUGCAGCAUUGACGCCUUAAAUCAGAUGAGCAUUGUUGGAAUGAAGAUGAGCCAUGUAGAUGAAACCGUUCAAAGCAUCCAGCCAAUCACUGUUCGGGUCACAAAGCAUCUUGCUGUCCACACUGGGGGUCUGUGUUUACUGAGAGCUGUGGACGAGGAAAAAAUGGUUUCCCUGGAAGUCCUGAGUGUUGAUGAAUGUGAAAACAUAAAUCCUAAAUCUCUUGAUAAGGAGGAAAUCAAAAAUACUGAGCGGUAUUUUUAUCAUGGAGGAAAAGUGAAUUGGAAACUAUUGUGGCUAGCUGAUAACAAACAUUGUGGUGACAUCAUUCAGCGUGAAGCUUAUGGAGAAACUGCUAAGUUGCUAGAUGAUACUUUAAAAUCACAUGGCCAUAGAAGAGCUGUGACACGGAUUAAUAUGUACCAUCAUCCAGGAAGUGGGGGGAGCACAAUUGCAAGGCAGAUUCUUUGGAACUAUCGAAAAAAGUUGAGGUGCGCAGUGGUUAAACAAUCUCACAGUGUCACUAGCGUCUGUGAGAAUGCAAUCCUUCUGAGGGAAUAUGAAGAAAAAGAUAUCAGCAAUUGUGUUCCAGUGCUUUUGUUAGUGGAGGACUGUGAUGAAGAGUAUCUUGACGAUUUAAAACACGAACUAGGGGAAGCAAUGUCCUGUAAAAAGACAAGCCCAUCUGUAGUUUCUUUCAUAUUACUUAGCUGUAAAAGAUCUCAUGACCCGGAGAAAAUGUGUAAAAUCUCACCUUCGCAAACUGUUGCAGUUACACAUAAGCUGACAGAUAAAGAAAAGGUAUUGUUUCGAAGAAAGUGUGAGGAGCUUGAGCAAGAAUAUGAACCCUAUUUUGUUUUAACCUUUGUGUUGAUGAGUAAAGAAUUUGAGGAAAAGUACAUUAAAGACUUUGUGCAACAUUUGUUACAAGGUAUUGAUCAUUCAUCUCUUGUCACUUACCUGAUCAGGUAUGUUGCCCUCCUUAAUUGUUACCUUGAGAACUCGUAUAUUUCAGUAUCCCACUGCAUAGCCUUUCUUGGGAUAGGUGUGGAGCAACAACAGUUCUACCUGCAUGCUUUUGAAAAUUCAUUAGGGGAACAAGGAAGACUAGUCUUCAUCCACUUAAGAGAAAGCACAACGCACAUCUCAUCUAUACGCAUUAUUCAUCCUUUGGUGGCAAAGGAAAUUCUACGUCAACUCUCUGAUAACCAGCCCCAGAGUACAAUUGCAGUGAGUCUUUUGCAGGAGAAAGUUCUUUUUGAGCAUCGCUUUGGCCGAGAUGACUAUGUAAAGUUUUUAAGGAACCUGUUUAUAAAAAGACAUAGAAAAAGUAGAGGUGAUGACACAGAUACCUUUUUCGCUCCUUUGAUCAUGCAUAUUCUCGAUGAAGAAAAAAAUCCACAAAAAGCCAUAGAGUUGUUAAUUAUGGCUUAUUUACUUUUUGGCGAGGAUGCUUUUUUUGCUCAGCAGUUAGCCCGCCUACAUUACACAUACAACCAGUUUGAGGAGGCCAAGCAAUGGGCUGAAAAGGCAAAAUCUAAGCUUCCAAAUGAUUCGAUUAUUCUGCACACAGAAGGUCAGGUUUAUAGGAAGUGGUUCAAUUUCCUAUACCCUUCAACAAAGGGGGACAUUACUGCUGAAAAUACCGCUGAAAUAAUCCAGAUUGCAUUGAAGGCAAUGGAAUGUUUUCGAGCUUCAGAGAAAGCUGACAAAGCUGAAAUGGACCACAUGAAUAAUACUGCUUACUUUGGGGAGGUUGAUGUGGGAUGCCGUUUGUUACAACUGAUUGAAAAUGUGGACAUAUUUACAGAAAAAAAUGGACGUUCUGAAUUACAGCGCUAUUUACUCACAGAUUACAUUCCUGUAAAAAUAGAGAAACAUUGGCAAACUUUACACGGUCAUUUAAAAGGACUACAAAGAUGCAUUUAUGAAGCUCUGGAAUGGAUUUCUGAAGAUUUAAGUUACUUUCAAACGGAUAAAACUGUGGAGGAAGAGGAACAGCAGAGCAGAGAGCUGGAACAUGUGUACAAUCCAAGAAACUGGUUGUUGCGGAAAGCUCAAAUCUAUGCACGUUUUUUCAGCUUUUCCUCAAAUAUAAAAUUUGAGACAGAACCUAAGAAUAAGUUGACCCCUCUGAUGAAACGCAUGCUUAUUUAUCAUAACGGGGGUGGCAACAUAACUACCAUACUGUCAAUGCUAACCGACAAUGAAAAUGAUAAAUCUGGCCAGAAUCUAGAAAAAAUCAUCAGCAUCUACCCCAAGGAUCUACAAAAGGAGAAACUGGACCCACUGGAUCUUGUAAAUUAUAUAACCAGUCAGAUUGCUCUGGGGUGUGCUUUGCCUCGUUCUGCCAAACGUGUCACCCUAGAAAAACUUCAACAAAUCUGCAUGCAGUUGCGUAAACUGAAAAACUAUGCUUACCCUCCUACAGCGGCAUUCUUGCUUUCCAUAUUAUUUUGGCCAGAUGGAUUUGAAAGCAAUGAAAAUAAUCGUAGGAAUAAUGAAAUAUUACUGUCUGCAAUUGAUACCUUGAAACGGCUGUAUGGUAUCAAAAUUAAAAAUAUUCCUCCUAGGAAAAAAAGAAUUUACACUCACUUCUUUUUGGGAAAUGGAAAAGGCCUUGAUAGGAUCAUACAUAGGAGCAAGGUAGAAAAAAUCCUGAAAUGCACUUUUAAUGAAAGGAGAUUAAAAUGGCUAAGUGGUGAAGUGUGGGAGAUGAAAGAAGUUAGGCAGCUUUUGAAACAGUGCAAAGGAUGGACAGAAGAUGGUGGUGUUUUUGUUCGAGGAGCUCAAAAGGACAGCAAAAUUCAAAUCCUUCCUAUGAAUUCCGCCUCAAUGCCAAAUGCCAAUGAAAAUGUUACAUUCUACUUAGGAUUUUCAUUUUAUGGUCCAGUUGCUUUUAAUGUACAGAUUGACAAAUGAUUAGAAUGAGGAUUGUUAAAAUCCAAGAAGUUUGGUAAAGGUUUUAUAUAAAGAAUAAAAUCAUGUACUGUAAAUGUGGACACAGAUAUCUGAACUUAUUAAUGUCGAAUUACAGUAACUCAGAAUUGACAGAUUUAAUGUCUGUCACUAAUUGGUUUAAACAUUUAAACAUUUUUUACUCACAUCCCUAACUAGAAUGUACGAUAUUAAGAAUUCCUGAUGUACCAAUCUAAAACUUCAAAUAAGCACCAUGGGUUGAAUGGUUGAAAUGGAUUAUACUGAAAGUUUCAUAUCAUCAGGAAAGUAAGAAAGGCAUAAGGGAGCUUAUUGUUUUUAUGUUAAAAGUGUACGUAGAACCUACUGUACCUACAUACAUCAAAAAUGGCAAUCACAGUAGUAUCAGCAAAGAUUGUGUGAUGUUCUACAUUCAAUAAAAUACACAUUUUUACUCUCAAA